GUGUCCUGCUGCCACGUCUAGAGAUGUUACGGAUGACGGCGCUGGAGUUCGAGAAGGACAACGACAGCAACGGCCACGUGGACUUCGUCACGUCGGCGUCCGCCCUCAGGGCCAACAUGUACUCCAUUGAGCCCGCUGACCGCUUCAAGACCAAACGCAUCGCUGGCAAGAUCAUCCCCGCCAUCGCCACGGCAACGGCCGGCGUGGCAGGACUGGUGGCGCUGGAGCUGAUCAAGAUCGCUGGAGGCUACGGCUUUGAAUCUUUGAAGAACUGCUUUUUCAACUUGGCCCUUCCUGUGGUGGUGUUUACUGAGCCUGCUCCCGUCAAGCGGACUCUCAUUAGAGACGACAUUUACUUCUCCAUCUGGGACUGCUGGACCAUCACCGGCCACCAAGACUUCACCCUGUCAGAGUUCAUCAAUGCAGUCAGGGAGAAGUACGGAAUUGAACCCACGAUGGUGGUCCAUGGUGUGAAGAUGAUCUUCGUGCCGGUUAUACCAGGACACACCAAGAGACUUAAACUGACGAUGCAAAAACUUAUCAAGCCGACAGCGGGUCGCCAAUACGUGGACCUCACCGUGUCCUUUGCUCCCGAGAACGACACGGACGAAGAUCUCCCUGGUCCUCCUGUCAGGUACUACUUCUCCCCCCACGGACACACCACCUGACAUCUCCUCCUCAUCAACACCAAUGUAACAUACAUGUACUGGACUGGUGGAAACACUCUGAAGUGGUCCCAGCGCACGCACGCACGCACGCACACACACACACACACACACACACACACACACACACACAGUUUGCUUUGCGGGGCCAGAGCAACAUGGACUUCCUGGGUAGCAUAAAGUGCACGUGUGUGCGCACGUGUUCUGUGCUGAUGAUGAAUUGUACAUGUGCGCCGGUGCUGAUGCCUUAAUCGCGAUCAUUAAAAGCCUUUUCCUUGGUGGCUCUGAGCCUCUCAGAAGUAUGACUUGGACUCCCAGUGACAUGCCGCCGUUGUUUGAUUCAAAACACAAGGCACUUAUCAACCAUGUUUUCAUUUGAGCAUCAGCACUAAACUUUUCUCCUUUUCCUUCGUGCCAAAUGUCUGUGUAUUGUGUACAUGAUGAGCGGUCCUGUGGAAUACUUUCCGUAUCUUGGAGAAAAAAAACAAAAUUUCUACAGAAUCAUGAUCGCAGCAAAAUGAUUUGCAAAUGCGCGUCUCAAUCUGUGUGUGUAAUCCAUUUCAUGUGUUGUUGAACUAAAGUGUGUCGGUAUUAGGAUUUGUCUGAGGAAGAAAAAUUAUCUUGUCCGUCCGUAUUUCUUCGAUUGUUGUUUUGCAGUGAGAGAAUUGUGUGCACGUGUAAAGCAAUCUGUGUCUUAAGUUGUGUGUACGUAAACAAAUGUGUGUGUCUGUAAUCAGAUUUGGGUGAAGCAGGGACCCUGAUUAACGCGACAAAUUGCUCUCUUUCUGCCGUUUAGGUUGUGUAUGUGUAUUCAGGUGUGUGUACGUGUAUUCAGUUUGUGUGAAACAGAAACCCUAAUUGUGUAACACGUGAUUUUUGCUAAGUUUCUGCUUUGAAAGAAUUGUUUGUAUCUAGAUGUGUGUAUGUGUACAGCAAUUUUUGUCUUAAGUUGUGUGCGUGUAUGAAAAUGUGUCCGUAAUCAGAUUUGGGUGAAGCAGGAACCCCGAUUAACUGUUAACACAUGGCAUGUUGCUACCUUUCUGCCGUUAAAGUUGUGUAGGUGUAUUCGUAUUUAUGUGAAACAGAAACCCUGAUUGUCUGUUAACACCAGAUUUUUGCUAAGUUUCUGCCUUGAAAGAAUUGUUUGUAUUUAGGUGUUUGUAUGUGUAAAGCAAUUUGUGUAUCAAGUUGUGUGUGCGUAUGAAAAUGUGUGUCUGUAAUCAGAUUUGGGUGAAGCAGGAACCUGAUUAACUGUUUACACAUGAUAUGUUGCUACCUUUCUGCCGUUAAGUUAUGUACGUGUAGUCAGAUUUAUGUGAAACAGAAACCCUGAUUGUCUGUUAACACCUGAUUUUUGAUAACUGUCUCUUCCUUGAAAGAAUUGUUUGUGUUUAGAUGUGUGAAUGUGUAAAGCAAUUUGUGUCUCAAGUUGUGUGCCCGUAUGAAAAUGUGUGUCUGUAAUCAGAUUUGGGUGAAGCAGGAACCUGAUUAACUGUUUACACAUGACAUGUUGCUACCUUUCUGCCGUUAAGUUGUGUACGUGUAGUCUGAUUUAUGUGAAACAGAAACCCUGAUUGUCUGUUAACACCUGAUUUUUGCUGAGUUUCUGCCUUUAAAGAAUUGUUUGUAUUUAGGUGUUUGUAUGUGUAUAGCAAUUUAUGUCUGUAAUCAGAUUUGGGUGAAGCAGGAAUGGUGAUUAACAGCAGAAAGGUAGCAACAUGUCAUGUGUAAACAGUUAGAGUUGUGUACUUGUAUUCCGAUUUAUGUGAAACAGAAACCCUAAUUGCCUUACACAUGAUUUUUGCUAAGUUUCUGCCUUGAAAGAAUUGUUUAGAUGUGUGUAUGUGUAAAACAAUUUGUGGCUUAAGUUGUGUGCGCGUAGGAAAAUGUGUGUCUGUAAUCACAUUUGGGUGAAGCAGGAACCCUGAUUAACUGUUUACACGUGACAUGUUGCUAUCUUUCUGCCGUUGUGUAUGUGUAGUCAGAUUUAUGUGAAACAGAAACCCUGAUUGUCUGUUAACGCAUUGUUUGUAUUUAGGUGUUUGUAUAUGUAAAGCAAUUUAUGUCUGUAAUCAGAUUUGGGUGAAGCAGGAAUGCUGAUUAACAGCAGAAAGGUAGCAACAUGUCAUGUGUAAACAGUUAGUUCUGUAUGUGUAUUCAGAUUUAUGUGAAACAGAAACCCUAAUUUUUGCAAAGUUUCUGCCUUGAAAGAAUUGUUUGUGUUUAGAUGUGUAUGUGUAAAGCAAUUUGUGUCUGCGCAUGAAAAUGUGUUUCUGUAAUCAGAUUUGGGUGAAGCAAGAACCCAGAUUAACUGUUUACACAUGGCAUGUUGCUACCUUUCUGCCGCUAAGUUGUGUACAUGUAUUCAGAUGUGUGUAUGUGUAAAGCAAUGUUUCUAAGAGUUGUGUGUGAAGCAGGAUCCCUGAUUGACUGUCUUUCUAGCUGUGACUUUUUGCUACGUUUCUGCCAUUAGAGUUGUGUAAAAGAAUCUGUGUGGGUAAAAAAUAAGUCUGUAAUCAGAUUAGUGUGAAGGCAGGAACUCUGAUUGGCUGUCUGUUUGCACGAGCCUUUUGUGACCCAGCUGCCGUGUAAGAGUUGUGUGUCCACGCAGCAACCCCAACUUGGGUCUGUACCGUCACCUCGCCUCUCUUGGUACUCGCCACUAGUCGGCGCUGUUGGUGACGGAGUUUAGAACAUGUCUAAUGGACGUCCAUGUCAGUAAUGUGAUGACAACACUACACACAUCUGCAUACACAACUCUAAUGGCAGAAACGGUAGCGAAAAAACAACAAUCGAGGGAAUACGGACAGAGAUGUUUUUUUGCCCAGAGACAAAUCCCAAUAGGGACAACCUAGAACACACACAUUGAAAUACAGACACACAAAUACAUUUGUGUUGCACAAACAGACUUUCACUUUGUUUUAUUUGCUGCAAAAUGUCUCUUGUAGGAGAAAACAUCGACUAAAUGUCACAUGACUGCUGUCAAACAACAUGAAUAAAUAUUAUCUUUCA